AUGUACAACGAGGACGUCAAGUCCAUCGCAGAGUUUCCGUUUUCGAGGCCUAAAGCUCAGGAAGAGCAACCCCUAGAAGACGUACUUUCUAUGAAUUCGAAAACAGAGAGUGCUGGUGCGGUGAAUUCCAGCCCUAAAACUCAUGAAGCGCGGACCAAAAACGACUUAGUUUUGAUAGAUUCAGAAGCAGAGAGAACAGAGGAAGUGAAACAGAGCGUCGACUAUAAUGCCACGGUGGAGUUCUACUGGGCCCCAUUCCUGGUGGAGUCGAACUCCGACGACCCGAAUAUGCACAGCAUUCUUAACCGGAUCAUCAUGCCCGAAUCCAUCAGGAAGCAUGGUGAAAAUUGGAAGGGAGUGGACUACCUCAUAUUCAAUACCUACAUUUGGUGGAUGAACACUGGUGCCAUGAAAGUUCUACGAGGAUCGUUCGAUGAAGGAUCGACUGAAUACGAUGAGUUCCUACGGCCUAUAGCGUAUGAAAGAGUUCUGACGACUUGGUCUAAGUGGGUGGAAACGAAUGUCGAUCCCAAUCGUACAAUGGUCUUCUUCAUGAGCAUGUCUCCUCUUCAUAUCAAGAGUUUGGACUGGAACAACCCAGACGGGAUCAAAUGCGCCCUAGAGACCACACCGAUCUUGAACACGUCAAGCCGGAUCAACGUGGGCACCGACCGCCGGCUCUUCCGGGCGGUGGAGAACGUGACCCGGUCCAUGACGGUCCCAGUUCACUUCAUUAACAUUACGACCCUCUCGGAAUAUCGCAAGGACGCUCACACCUCGGUCUACACCAUUCGCCAAGGGAAAAUGCUAACCGACGAGCAAAAAGCCGAUCCGGCCGUCUACGCGGAUUGCAUUCAUUGGUGCCUUCCUGGGUUGCCGGACACGUGGAACGAGUUCAUCUACACUCGUAUCAUAUCACGCUGUUGA